ACGUAAUUGUUUAGAACUUUCCUUUCACUAUAAAUUAAAUCCCCACUCGCCCUUUUUCUGCUUCAUCUUCAUCAUUCCUCUAACCAACAAACAGACCUCAGCCAAACAAACAUGGAGGAAUUAAAGCCCACCUCUGCUAAUUCAUGCCCGCUGACUCCACUAGGUUUCUUGGAAAGAGCUGCAACUGUUUACGCUGAUUCUCCUUCCAUCAUUUACCACAAAACUACUCACACUUGGUCCCAAACCCACCGUCGUUGUCUCCAGCUCGCUUCUUCCCUCUCCUCUCUCGGCAUCGCCAAGGGCCACGUCGUCUCCGUCUUGGCCCCCAACAUCCCCGCCAUCUACGAACUCCAUUUCGCCGUUCCUUUCGCCGGUGCUAUUCUCAACAACAUUAACACCCGCCUCGACGCGCGGACAGUCUCCGUUCUCUUACAGCACAGCCAAUCCAAGCUCGUCUUCGUCGAUCACCAAUCACGCUCUCUCCUUCUCAACGCCGUCGUUUUGUUCCCGCCAAAUAUCAAACCCCCUGCUGUCGUCCUCAUCACUGACGAGUAUGAUGCUUCAUCGCAGACCGUUGAUUCUGAUUUCGUUUGCUCCUACGAGAGCCUGGUUGAGAAAGGAGAUCCCCAGUUCAAGUGGGUCAGGCCGGAGAGCGAGUGGGACCCGCUGGUAUUAAACUACACCUCAGGUACAACUUCUGCUCCAAAAGGCGUCGUUCAUUGCCACCGUGGGAUCUUCAUCGUGACCGUUGAUUCUUUAACUGACUGGUCCGUACCGAAACAGCCCGUGUUCUUGUGGACGCUACCCAUGUUUCACUCCAACGGCUGGUGUUUCCCUUGGGGCAUGGCUGCCGUGGGCGGGACCAACAUUUGUCUACGUAAAUUCGACGCUUCAAUUAUUUACGACUCCAUUCGAAGACACGGCGUCACUCACAUGUGUGGUGCUCCCGUUGUGCUCAACAUGCUAUCAAACUCUCCAGACAAUCAACCACUCAACAACUCUGUUAAGAUUCUCACCGCCGGAGCUCCACCGCCGGCCGCCGUCCUCUUGAGGACCGAGUCGCUCGGUUUUGUAGUUAGUCACGGUUACGGUUUAACGGAAACCGGAGGAAUCGUUGUUUCAUGCGCCUGGAAAUCAAGAUGGAACGUUUUGCCGGCAACGGAUCGAGCGAGGUUAAAAGCGAGACAAGGGGUGAGGACGAUCGGGUUGACUGAAGCGGAUGUGGUGGAUCCUGAGUCAGGAGCGAGUGUGACACGUGACGGGUCAUCAUUGGGUGAAAUCGUGCUGAGGGGAGCAUGCAUAAUGCUUGGUUAUCUUAAAGACCCGGUUGGGACUCGUAAAUGUUUGAAAGAAAACGGGUGGUUUUACACCGGAGACGUGGGUGUGAUGCAUACCGAUGGAUAUUUAGAAAUAAGAGAUCGUUCAAAAGACGUAAUAAUAAGCGGCGGAGAGAAUUUGAGUAGCGUCGAGGUGGAGUCAGUGCUGUACUCACACCCGGCCAUUAAUGAAGCGGCGGUGGUGGCUCGGCCGGAUGAGUUCUGGGGAGAGACUCCAUGUGCGUUUGUGAGUUUGAGGGGGGAGUUGAGUAUGAAACCAACGGAGAAAGAAAUAAUAGAUUAUUGCAGGAAGAGGUUGCCCCAUUACACGGUUCCGAAAACGGUGGUGUUUAAAGAAGAAUUGCCCAAGACUUCGACGGGGAAAAUUCAGAAGUUUGUGCUGAGGGAAAUUGCGAAGGGAAUGGGGUCGGCAAGAGUGAGUCGAAUGUAGAGUUGACUAAUUAGGAAGUGAGUUGACUCGAUAGGUUAUUUCCUAUUUGGAUCGCUCCUUAACCCGGUCAAGGGACU